AUGGAUCUCCAUCACCUCCAUGCCCGCGAUGCAAAGUGGACCUUCGAAUCCUACUUUCUCAUUCUCGAGAAAAUUCCGGACGAAUUCCGCCCAGCGUUCCUGACCAUUAUCUUUGGCAGCAGGGGAAAUCGCAGCCGCCCUAGGGGAAUUGCAAUCCUGCGCUGCCAAGUACUGUUGUCAGCCAAAUGUGUCGGGACUUUGGAAAACAACUUUGGGUCAAGGAUGAAGAAGAAGAUGAAGGGAUAUGGAAAAUCCUCCCAGCAGGCUUCCCAGGGACGCUAUUCAUAG